AUUUCAAACACUUGCAUUUCCUUUCGAGCUAUGGCCUAAAAACUAGAAGCAGCAAAACUAUCCAAACAUUGUUUUCAUUCUCUGUCUUUGCUUUUGUCUUUCUUUCUUGUUUGUUUUUCUGAGAGCCCAAACAUGGAGGCCAAACACAGCUCUGAGCUUCCUCCUGGUUUUAGAUUCCACCCAACUGAUGAGGAACUCAUCAUGUUUUACCUCAAAAACCAGGCCACCUCAAGGCCAUGCCCUGUGUCCAUAAUCCCAGAAGUUGAUCUUUACAAGUUUGAUCCAUGGCAGUUACCUGAGAAAGCAGAGUUUGGAGAAAAUGAAUGGUAUUUCUUUACCCCAAGGGACAGGAAGUACCCAAAUGGAGUGAGACCUAACAGAGCCACCGUCUCGGGUUACUGGAAAGCCACAGGCACAGACAAGGCAAUUUACAGUGGGACAAAGUAUGUGGGGGUGAAAAAAGCUCUUGUGUUUUACCAGGGCAAGCCACCAAAGGGGGUUAAGUCAGAUUGGAUUAUGCAUGAAUAUCGUCUAAGUGACUCGAGAAAACAAGCCAACAAGCAACUUGGGUCCAUGAGAUUGGACGAUUGGGUUCUCUGUAGGAUCUAUAAGAAGAGGCAUCUGGGCAAAGCUUAUUUGGACCAAAAAGUGGAAGAAGAAGAACCAAUUACGGAUCCCAAAAUUGAGAUAACAGCAGCCAAUAAUCAUGAGGAACAAAUGAUGUUGAAAUUUCCAAGGACUUGUUCCAUUACUAGUUUAUUGGAAACGGACUACUUGGCCCCAAUCUCCCAACUUUUGAGUGAGAAUUCUAGCUAUGACUUCCAAAACAACUUGGCCAGUGCAGGAAAUGCUGGUCAUGCCCAAAUGUUUCAGUUUGGUGAAAUGCCAUACCAAAGCACAACGGACUCAGCCAAAUUCCAAGUGACUCAGAGUUGCCCUUCUAACCAACCAUGGUUUGCGAAUCCGGUGUAUAACUUGAAUGGUUUGGACCGUAAUUAACGAAUUCAAAUUUGGGUGCUAGGGUGGAAAUUAUGUGCUAAAACAAAAUUGUAAUUCGGUUUGUGAGAGGAGUUGAAUCUUCAACAAAUUACGAAAUGGAUUUGAGCUGUUUUCAGUCCUAUAAUACAUUUAAAUUUACCCAUAUUCUCAAACCAGUUAUUUAUUUACAUCAAAAGUAUGACAAA